CCGACUGCACAAGUGUUUAUAGCUGGUGGUUACCAUGCCAAAACGCAAGCGUGAAGAAACUAAGGAAGAAAGGUGGGCAAGGAAGAUGAAGAAAUAUGAAUCAAAACUUCAUGAGACACGUCGACGUCAUUUUCGCCGCAUAAAUUACUCCAGCGAUGAAGAAGAUGUGCAACCCGAAGAACCUUUCGAAUCUGGAGAUGUGGGUGUUACAAACGUCGUCAGUGAUAUUAUAUUUGAAAGUCCUACGGAUUCCGUGCCUGUUAACGACGAAGAGCCGUGCGAGCUGCCCAACAAUAGUGAAGCACCCACUGAAGACCCUCCUUCCGAUGUUUACAACGCAGAGCUGCUGCAAGUGCUGGGGAGCGUUGAAUCGGAGGUGGAUGAAUACGGUGAUGACUUGCAUUCUGAGGUUGCAACAAGACUCCAAAAAAUUUUAAUUCAGGGUCUACCUACCACUGUUAAAGAUGACCUUACAAAAAAAUAUGCCUUUCCAAGAAACGUUCCCUACUUGAAGGCACCAACUCUAAACCCGGAAAUUGAGGCUAUGUUAGUGGAGACCUGCCGACUCCGCGACAAACGUCUGCAAAAUAAACAGAAUCAGAUCGGCAGGGCAUUGUCAGCCUUAGGAAAAGCUAUGACGGGCCUUCUCAAAAACAAUCCCGACAUUCCUGAAAUCGUGCGCACUUUGAACGAUGCAGGAAAUCUCGUUGCCGAUUGCCACUUCGCAGAAACAGACACUCGUCGGACGGUCAUCAUUCCGUUAGUCGACAAAUCUCUGACUGACUCUUUUAAAAAUCGGAAGAGAGACAGUCUUUUGUUCGGAGAGAGCUUAGGCGAGGUGGUUAAGAACUCUAGAGGAAUUAAAAAGACGAGUCAACUUAUUCAAGCUGCUGCACCUGUUUCUAACACGAAUUUAAACUACAAAGGCCCAUCGACUCGUCCGAGGCGGCAGUGGGUAGGACAGGCCUACACGCAGCAACGAGUCGGUGGGCAGCGGGCAACGUUCUCGAGUCGUGGCCGGCGCACAGCCGCCACGAACCCGCCGCCGCAGCCUGCUCGCCGGCAGCCGCCGCCGCCGCCGCCUGUGCGGCGCCAGCCACAGCGCCGGGAACACGUGCCCGGCAAUCGUCGGCAGAAGUAGCUACGCAGCCUCAGGUCAACACACCCGCUACAUCGAAGGCUUUCCCUGGCAGUGAGUGUGUUAUCCGGGAAGGCUUUAUUAAAAAAGGGG